AUGUCGAUGUUCAAAAUUCCCUACGACAGAUAUCAAUUAAAUUAUCCCACAGCAAGCGACAUGACGCCAAUACGAGAGUCGUCUCGAGGAUACUUCCCUAAUACGGGAAUAACCGGAGGGGAGGCGGGAUCUACUGCAGAGCAGCAACAUUUAGGUAAUAUAAACCCAUAUGCUGCGUCUUUAUGGGGAUCGGAAAUAGAAUACAAAAAUGGCAUUAGAACGCUGCAAACAAAAAAUCAGGAGACUAGAGAUGCGCCAAAUCUCGAGAAACCUUCAGCGAGCACAAACGAGGACGAUACAGUAAAUCUAAGCACGACCGGCCAACCUGUUGGAAAUCGAUGUUCAAAUUACAGCCAAGGACAAGAGCAGCUUACGGGAACUCUAGCAAUUGAAGAUUUGAAAGUGGUCGCCUAUUUUGAAUCCUUGCGUGCGGUGGUCGAUUCUGAGCGUAAUUUCUCAGAUUGUCUCAGCAAGACAGAUAUGGUAUAUCGGCGUGAAAUGCAUCACAAUAAAAAGUUCACCAACAAACUCUUACGGAAGGGCACGUGCGAUGAACUUUUGCUCUUUGGAAACAUAGGAACCAUCUCAGAGAUCGGGCAAAAUUUUGUCAAAUCCUUUGAACGCCGAGCGCAUGAUUUAGGGGGACUCAGUUUUCAAACAGACCUGGCUUCUCAGGCUACCGAUUUGAGCACUGUAAAACAACUCGACGCUUCUUCGUUCUUGGAAACGUACUUGAACAAAAUGAAAUCUUCUUAUUUGAGCUACGUCAUAAGCUUCUACAAGCAAAUGGACCUGCUCAGUAAUUUAAAGCUUUCGAAAUCCUUGAUAUAUUAUAAAUGGUACUCUGAAUGUCUGGAAAAGGCUGACUUUGCGGAGCUAGAAACAAUAUUCCAAAUGCCACUUGAAAGGCCACAUCAACUGCUUGUCCUGAUCACCAAUAUUAUAGAAUGUGGAGAGGGUCUAAUACCGCCGGAGAGGACGGCACGACUCAGUGUUGUACGAGGUCGAUAUCAGGCUUUUGCUCGCGAAAUUGACGAAGCGCUGAUCAAUGACAGCAAAGAGACCUUGGUUCUACCUUCUACGUCCUGUACUUUGAGACCGCCUAGCAAUUCGGCGUCUUCCGUGUCCGCCUUUAGCUCGGUUUCAAAAUCCUCAAGUCGAUAUUCGGAUACAACAACAAUUAGUGGGCGCGAUAGAGAGUCAAGUUGGCCAUUGCCUCGUGAUAGAGAAGAAUGUGAUUUCCUUAAUGAAGUAACACUGAAUGAGUUGGUCGAUCGGUUCAAGCUUAUCGAUAAGCAUGUCACACUCCUUAUCGAUCGGUUUUCAGAUUUUGAUUUCGUCAGCUUGACCAAUGCUAAUCUCGCGCAAGCCAGAGUCUGGAGUCAAGUAAUGGAUUUCGAACCCCAGAGCGCAUUGCUACCGUUGGAUCCUAGCGUGAUGUCUGUGAGUGCGACAUAUAUCGAGAAGCUUUGUCAACAGCGCCAAGAAUUAGGGCUUCUAAAACUCCAGGAUCUCAAAAUACGAAUUUUAACGCCUUUGGACAGAGUAGCCAAACUGUGCUCCGUGGUGCGAACCAGAUUACAAAAUCUCAAGACGCUGAAGAGGGAAUACCUCGCCCAUUUGAGAAGCCACCAGGACAGGGACAUCAAGACCAAAAUCUUGAGUGACCAUUUCAAGAAGUUGCAACUCGAAAUUUUUAGCGAGCUUCCAGUUUUCAUCAGCAUGAUGAACAGUUUCACGGUGAAGCUGGUCGCCAUAUACACCUCUAUCCUGAUGAAUUAUCUGAAGAUCCUGUGUGGAGGCGAACGACUUCUCAAACGAGAAUUAGAGUUUAUGAAGAGCGGUGAGCGGGAAUUCGGUGAUCAUUUCGAUAUUUUACAGCUCUACUCGUCGUCAAGGUACUACACUAAGCAAGUUGUUCGAGAACAUUGGAGAUACGAUGAGAAUCCUAAAGGUAGUCGAAUAGUGCGGAAGCUGUUCGACUUGUAA